UACAACAUACUCUCCAUACAAUAUCACCCCCGAUGCAUGUAAACGAGGGGCCGGGCCAGCCAUGGCGGCCUCGGGGCCCAUCAGCGGCAGCACCAGCAGCAGCAGCAGCUACUACGUGGACUCGCUGAUCGGCGCCGAGCCCGACGAGCUGCUCGCCCCGCGCUUCGCCGGCCCCGCUCGGGCCCCGCCGCCGCUGGUGCCGCCCGAGUGCGCCGACUUCCCCUCGUGCAGCUUCGCCCCCAAACCCGCCGUGUUCGCCGCCUCGUGGGCGCCGCCGCCGCCGCCGCCGCCUCCGCCUCCUCCUCCGCCCGCCGUGGGUUACGCGCACCCGGCGGCGGCGGCGCCCUACGGGCCGCAGGCGGCCGAGCCGCCCAGGUACGUGCGGACCUGGCUGGAGCCGCUGGCCGGCGCCGCCGUCUCCUUCCCGGCCUUCGGGCCGCGGCCCUACGGGCUCAAGGCGGACGCGUUCGCCGCCGUCCCCGCUCCGCGCCCCGCCGAUGGCAGAGCGGCGUACGCGGAUUUCGUGUACGGGGAGCUGCGGGAGCGAGCGGCGGCGGCGGCGGCGGCGGCGGCGGCGGCGGCGCAGAACGUGCCGUCCUCCCCCGAGUGCGAGGCCAUCGCCGCCGGCAAGCACAAAGAAGAGAAGCACGAAUUAGACCCCAACAACCCCGUGGCCAAUUGGAUUCACGCGCGCUCCACGAGGAAGAAACGAUGCCCUUACACAAAAUAUCAGACCCUGGAACUGGAAAAAGAGUUUUUGUUCAAUAUGUACCUGACGCGGGACCGGAGGUACGAAGUGGCGCGGGUGCUGAACCUCACGGAACGCCAGGUCAAAAUCUGGUUUCAGAACAGGCGAAUGAAAAUGAAGAAAAUGAAUAAAGAGAAAAGCGAUAAGGAGCAGCAAUGAUAAUUAAUAAUAAUAAUAAUAAAUAAUAAUAAUAAUAUUAAUUAACGGAAAAAUUAUUAAAAAAUUAUAAA